GUGGGCAAAAUUGUGUCGCGUUAGAAGCGAGCAGAGGGAGGUUUAUUGAAGAGCCGCCUGUUUCCUGAGAAGCACUGGAAGUGUGUUUAUUUACUCGCCAGCUGAUGUUCAGUUUAGUGCGGUAUACUUGUCUUUCCUGUAUGCCUGCAAAAGGCGCUAAUAUUUCUAAUAUUUGAGGAUAAUUUCUUCAGAAGUGUAGACGAUUGGUUCAGAAUGACUCAGUGGGAGCGAUUGCAGCAGCUGGAUACAGUGUAUUCACAGAGGGCUUCUGAUCUGUACAAUGGAGAUGAAUUUCCAAUGGAAGUCAGACAUUACUUGGCGCACUGGAUUGAGGGCCAGGACUGGGAGCGUGCUUCUCGGGACUCUUCCCAAGCUGCGUUCCUGUUUCAGGUUCUUUUGGAGAAUCUGGACAACCAGUUCAGUCGUUUUGCGCAAGAGAAAGAUAGUUUCCUACUGCAGCGAAAUUUCAGACGCUACAAACAAAACUUUCAGAAGUACCAGGAGGAACCCUAUACUCUUGCCGCUAUUAUCAACUGGUUCCUGGUGAAGGAGAAAGAGAUCUUGAAUGAUGCAGAGCUUGCACAGCAAGUGCAGACGUUGCAGGUUCAAUCGACUGCAGUGGAGAUGGAGAGCCAGAGACAAAUGGAAAAGAAAUUAAAAGAUCUCAAGAUAAAAGUAGAGGUGAUGGAGCACAACAUAAGGUGUUUGGAGGAGCAGCAGGAUGAGUUUGAUUUUAAAUUUCAGACACACAAAAUGGACUCUUGUACAGAAGAAGAGAAAAACAUGCAAAGACAAGGGCUUCAGAAGAUGCUCAAUGCACUUGAUAAGUGCAGAAAGGACUUCCUGUCUGAUAUCUCGACUAUGUUGGAUGCUACUGAUUGUCUGAGCUCGGUGCUUAUAGAUGAGGAACUGGUGGACUGGAAGCGGAGACAACAGAAGUCCUGCAUUGGUGCUCCUGAUGAUACAAGUCUGGAACAAUUAGAGAAAUGGUUCACUCAGAUUAUAGAGUGCAUGUUCCAGCUGCAGAAGUUCUUACAGAAGCUUGAUGAGCUCGUAGGGAAGAUGUCCUACGAAAAUGACCCCAUCCCAGAACGAAAGCCCCAUUUAAAUAAAAGAGUGGACACCCUGCUGACCAACCUGAUAAAGAGCUCAUUUGUUGUAGAGACUCAGCCAUCCAUGCCCCAAGGACGAGGUCCCCUGGUGCUACGCACAAAUGUCCAGUUCUCAGUCAAAGUCAGGUUCCUGUAUAAAGUUCCUGAACUCAACCAUGUUCUGAAGGUGUCUGUUUCUGUUGACAACGCUGCUUCACAAGUGAAAGGGUUUCGGAGGUUUAAUGUGCUAGGUACUUCGAGUAAAGCCCUUAACAUGGCUGAGAGUACGAACGGGGGCAUGGUCGCUGAUUUCAGACAUUUGACGUUGAAGGACCAGAAAGUUGGUGGUGGAGGAAAAGGAAUCAACGAUCUCUCAUUGAGUGUGACUGAAGAACUACACAAAAUAAACUUUCAGACGCAGUUUGAAUAUCAAGGCCUGUCUGUCUUUUUAGAGACCUCUUCUCUUCCUGUUGUGGUGAUUUCGAACUCCAGUCAGCAGCAGAGUGCCUGGGCGGCUGUUCUAUGGUUCAACAUGCUUUGUUCAGAUCCCAAGAAUGUGAAGUUUUUUGAAAGCCCUCUUCCGGCCUCCUGGGCACAGUUUGGGGAAAUGCUAAAUUGGCAGUUUCUCUCCUCUGGGAAACGUGGUCUAGACAGUGACCAGUUGGAAACCCUCGCCAUCAAGCUCUUUGGUAAACAACAGAGCUAUGACCAGUGUAAGAUACCCUGGGCCAAGUUCAGUAAGGAGAACCUCCCUGAUACAAACUUCACCCUGUGGGUGUGGCUGGAUGGAAUUCUAACCCUGGUUAAAAGCUACCUGUCAGACCUGUGGAGUGAUGGCUCUAUAAUGGGUUUUGUCAGCAAGGGGAAGGAGAGAUUUUUAUUGAAGAAGAAGCAGAACGGUACUUUCCUGCUGCGUUUUAGCGAAAGUAUUAAAGAUGGUGGAAUCACAUUCAGCUGGGUGCAGUACUCUAACGAUGGCAUUCCAAGUGUGCAAACAGUGAAGCCAUUUACCAGUACUGACCUGAAGCAGAUUGCUUUACCUGAGAUCAUCUGCAACUUUCGGAUCAUGGUAGCAGAAAACAUUCCAGUUAACCCACUGUGUUACCUUUACCCAAACAUUCCUAAAGACCAGGCCUUUGGCAAAUACUACAGUGAAAAGACUGGAGAGGAGAAUCCUUACCUGAAGUACAUCAAAACCAAACUGGUGUUUGUCUCUAAAGAGAACGGAUGUACAAGUGUCGAAGAGGGGCCAUUGUCUGACCUGUGCACACAGGACAGAGAUCCUCGUUCUUUUUCUGAGGCGGGUGAUGAUGAUGAUGAUGACGAUGAUGACGUCUUGCUUCAAGGGUCUGAAGUGUCUCCAAUGCUCAGCUGCCCUACCGUUGAUCCAUUUUGGCUGAACAACGUUUUGGAAAAUGAUGGCGAGAACACUGCUCCAGAUUUAUUUCCUCAACCUGAUCCCCACAUUCCUCCAUCAUGCCUCCCACAAACCAUUCUAGAGAAUGACGUGGAUAUCUUUAAAGAAGAAAUUUCUGCAGACACUGAUGUUCGUCUCAUAUUGCAAGAGUUUCUAAACUCUCAAAACAUCCUAAAUGGCUUAGACAUUUCUACAACCGAGGACAACUUCAAUGGUUUUGGCUUGGACUAUUCUAACAUGCCGCUGACCCCCUGAAUUUGAUCCAUGACCCCUGCGGUUAGCUAAAACGUAGAUUUGUCAACCCGUAUAAUGUUUUCUGUAGUUCUGAUUUAUGUUGUAAGUAUUAAGCAGAUAUGCAAAAUGCUUAUUACAGCUCAUUACUUCAUUUUCUUUACUGAUUUCAUUAUUACUUCACCCAUUUAGUGUGUAUAUCUGUAGUAAAGCCUUUGACUAGGCUUAGAUGCCCAUCCAAGUCCAAAAAAAAAAAAAAAAAAACUUUGGAAUGAGGUCAUGUGAUCUGACCCUACCAUUCGUAAGCUGCUACUAAAUAUUUGCCCUUAUAAAAAUUGUUUAUUGAUAAUAAUUCAGAUAGUUUAAUUUUUAUGUAAAAAAAAAAAUAAAAAAAAAAGUAAA